AUGGGGNAAUCUGAUCCAAUAAUAAUAUUAUCGGAAGAGGACGAGGAGAUAGUAAAAGGUGUUGUUGAAGGUCGGGUUCCUUCCUACUCCCUGGAAUCUAAGUUAGGGGAUUGCAAGAGGGCGGCAGCCAUUCGUCGGGAGGCGCUGGAGAGAAUAACCGGCAAGUCUCUAGACGGACUUCCCUUGGAGAAUUUUGACUAUGAAUCGAUUCUGGGUCAGUGUUGCGAGAUGCCAGUUGGGUAUGUGCAGAUUCCGGUAGGUAUUGCAGGGCCCCUCUUGCUCGACGGUGAAGAGUACUCAGUCCCCAUGGCCACCACGGAGGGUUGCUUGGUGGCCAGCACCAACCGGGGUUGCAAAGCCAUCUAUGCCUCUGGUGGCGCCACCAGUGUGCUGUUGAGGGACGGGAUGACUCGAGCUCCGGUGGUGAGAUUCUCCACCGCCAAAAGAGCCGCUCAGUUGAAGCUCUACUUGGAGGAUCCUCUAAGUUUCGAGACCAUAGCCGGAGCUUUCAACAAAUCCAGCCGAUUUGCUAGGCUUCAGAGCAUCAAAUGCGCUAUUGCUGGAAAGAAUCUCUAUAUGAGAUUCACAUGCAGCACCGGAGACGCCAUGGGGAUGAACAUGGUCUCUAAGGGCGUCCAAAACGUAUUGGAUUUCCUCCUCACCGACUUCCCUGACAUGGAUGUCAUCGGAAUCUCCGGAAACUUUUGCUCCGACAAGAAACCUGCGGCGGUGAAUUGGAUUGAAGGCCGCGGAAAGUCGGUCGUCUGCGAGGCCAUAAUAAAGGAAGAAAUAGUCAAGAAAGUACUAAAAACAGAGGUUGCUUCCUUAGUAGAGCUCAACAUGCUCAAGAAUCUCACUGGCUCUGCCAUGGCCGGUGCUCUUGGGGGAUUCAACGCCCACGCCGCCAAUAUUGUCUCCGCCGUCUACAUCGCCACAGGACAAGACCCCGCACAAAACAUUGAAAGCUCCCAUUGUAUAACCAUGAUGGAGGCAGUUAACGAUGGGAAAGACCUUCAUAUUUCUGUAACCAUGCCUUCUAUUGAGGUAGGCACGGUGGGAGGUGGGACCCAACUUGCUUCUCAGGCAGCAUGCUUGAAUCUCUUAGGAGUGAAGGGUGCUAGCAAAGUCGAACCCGGAGCCAACUCUAGGCGAUUAGCCGCAAUCGUUGCCGGGGCUGUGUUGGCCGGGGAACUCUCCCUCAUGUCUGCCAUAGCUGCAGGACAACUGGUCAACAGUCAUAUGAAAUUCAAUAGAUCUAACAAAGCUUAAUUAAUUACCUACUUCCUCAAUUUCUUUCUUCACUUUAGAUUCUUUAAUUUAAUACUUUAUUUGUUGUAAUUUCUAUUAAAAAUUAAACUGGAUUACAUAUCUCAUGUUUAUACUUUCAAUUUUACUGAUCCAUCCUAUUAUAUUUACAGUA